AUGCCGGCCAACGGCUCGGACUAUAAAAAAGAUAAGACUGACUCCGUAUCGAGCGUCUUAGCGCAUAAAAUUGACAAGGACAAAGCGGAUAAAGCUAAAAAAAAAAUUAAAGAUAUUCAGGACCAACUCACGCUUAGUGAGGAGGCCAGGGUUAGUAGCGAGGAAGCCAGGGUUAGAGCGGAAGCGGAAACCGCAAAAUUAAGAUUGGAAGUCCAAGGACUUAAACACCAGUUAGAACAGGUUAAUUUCACACUCAAUAAAAUAGUGGCGCAAGCCGACAAAGCCGAUAUAAAAAAUAACAUCCUAAUGGAGAAACUUCUUGCACUUAGCAAGAAAGAGACUGACAAGACAGACAAAAUAACCAAAGACAAUAAAGAAAAGACAGACAACAUAAACAAACAAAGUAAAAUACCUAAGACCAAACACACAACUUUAACAACAGAACCAACUAAAAUAGUAAAGACAGACGAAAUAAAUUCAACAAUAACAACUGACGAAACAAAAGAAGUAACAGUAACUUCUGAUUUAAAUAACGAUCUCACCGCCACCGACGGCGAAAAUAACGAUAAUGACAUGGACAUUGACAACGAAGACAGGUUAAGCACCUACUCAUACGACUCGACAGACGAACAAGGUUUUCGUAAAAGGAAAACACGUAGAGAAAGACGAACCGCCGCAAAACACAGAAAAAACGACGACCACCCGACUACUGUAAAUAAUAAUAAUAAUAAUAGUAACGCGACUAAUACCGAUAAAAAUCAAAACAUCAAUGCGAGUAAAACGGACGAACCUAAAAUUCCGAAAGUGGCAUCUAUACUGCUAGAUGCCAGUUCUAACUGGGUAAAAAUUACCCGCGAAUUUGAAAUUAAUAAUAUAUUUUACGAAAUGGCAGUUGUAAAAGGCAACGGCACACGGGUAUGGCCGAAAACCUCAGACGACUACCGAAAAAUGACGUUGCACCUUGAAAAAACAGGUGUAAAAUUCUUCUGCCAUCAACUGGCAGAGGACAAGUCAUAUAAAGCGGUACUAAAAGGAAUACCAACUAAUAUGUCGCCAGUAGACAUAAUGACAGACCUUGUUAUACAGGGUCUGCACCCCAUCAAGGUGCAACGGAUGACCUCAAGAGUGGACAAAAGGGCUCUACCCUUAUUCUUGAUCGACGUACCCCAGUCCGAAAAGGACGAUAUACUACAAGUCAUCCGGUGUGUAGGACUUGUAGUCAAAGUUGAGGCCCAAAGGGCUCCAAACGGCGCGACUCAGUGCUAUCGGUGCCAGGGGUACCAUCACGCACAAUCCAUGUGCCACAUGGAUGAGCGAUGCGUGAGAUGUGGUGGAAACCACAGAGCUGCUCUGUGCAAAAGGCCUCUCAACGAGAAAGCCACUUGCGCAAAUUGCCGCGGGGAACAUCCUGCGAGUUAUAGAGGAUGUCCGAAAGCACCAAACAUGGGUGUUAGUAGGAGGCCCCAGGCACCUAAACCAAGACAAUUUAACUCAAAAACCACGACACAAGGUGUCAGUUACGCCCAACAACUAAAUCAAAAUAACAGCGGUAAUAAUAAUAAUAACAAUAAUAAUCAAGCUGACUUUUUCGAACAAAUGAAAAAGCAGAUGCAAGCGCAAAUGACGCAAAUCAAUAUCAAUAAUAAUAAUAAAAUUGAGAUUAACAAGGAAAAUAAAGAGAAUGAAUCUGAUUUCACAAUCAUCGAAAAUUAUCGAACUUUGGAAGAUGGAACUUUACUUAUGGAAACUGUUAUCUCUGAAGAUACAGUCAGUAGUGAAAAAUAUUGUAAAGAUGAAAAUAUGAAAAAUUCUGUAUCGCAAACAGAAUCAAGAAAAGAAAUAAGCGAAUGUUGCAUUGAAGGCACAGAAACGGAAAUUAUUACAAUACUACAAUUAGAAAGUGAAAAGACGUUACAAGAACUAAACAUAACCCAAAACGAUGUUCUAAAUUUGAAUCAAAAUAAUGUACUUACACAAGACAUUGAAGACAAGCCAGAUAGUGAACAAAUGAUAGAAUCAGGAAACAUACAUGAUAAUGUGGAAGAAGUGCACGAAAUUAUAACAUAUGAGAUGGAUGAAGAAAUGAACGAUGAGGAAUUAGUGCAAGAAGAUUUGGAUGCUAUAGAGAUAGAAAAGUUGCAGAAAAAAGAAAAUGUUACAAAGAAAAGAAGUGAAACCGCAUUACGGAGAUUACAUGGAAAAUCGUAUGUUGGCUAUAAAAGAAACAAGGACAAAGUUAUAACACACGAUUGCAAGAGGGAAGGAAGAAAAAUGAGAGAAAGGUGUCUUGUUGGAACAAGACACGUGAAACGUAGACGAAAAUAUGUUCGUGAAAGGGACGGUGAGGAAGUUUUAAAGAAAAGUGUGGGUCAUGAUUAUUUUUUAGUAACAGUAAGUGGACAACGUCUAAAAGUUUGUAGAGUACUAUUUUUAAAUACGCUCAGUCUAGGGGAAGAUACGUUGAAACGUUGGACUAAGCCAGAUGUUCAUAGUAACACAUCUGCAUCAGAUGAGAGUAUAAUAGUUAGUCCAAAGAGAAAGCUAGAAGAAAAUCCUAACCUAUCAGUUACAAAAAAAGCACGGUUGGCUAGAGAAAUCAGAAAAAAAGAAAGAGAAGAUUCUGUGAAACUAUGGCUUGAUGAAAUACCCAAAGUUCCUUCUCAUUACUGCAGGGCAACUUCAAAAAUGAAGUAUGUGGAUAAUGCUUUUAUAUCUAAGCAAAACAUGUUCAAAAUUUACAAAGAAUGGUGUAGAGAAAAAGAUAAAAUACCUGAUAAUCUGAAACUAUUUAAAUCUGUUUUGAAAUUAGAGAAAAUUUCUGUUCAUAAACCCCGUAAAGAUCAGUGCGACACAUGCGUUGGAUUUAAAGUUGGAACUGUUUCUCAAAAUGAAUAUGACCAACAUCGAAAUAAAGAAAAGGCAGGUAGAGUAGCAAAACAAAAAAUGAAAGAAAGGACAAAGGAGCAUCCUGACACGUUAGUUGUCACUUUGGAUCUGCAGAGUGUCCUGACAUGUCCGAAAGUAUUAGCAUCUCAGUCCUAUUAUAAAAUGAAAUUACAACUCCACAAUUUUACGAUAUAUGCACUGAAUGACAAAAACGUCUCCUUAUAUGUAUGGCACGAAGCUAGUGGUGGCGUUACGUGUAAUGAAUUUACAUCUUGUUUGAUAGAUUAUCUAAGUAAUAUCCCAACUAAUUUCAAAUCAGUUAAUUUGAUAUCAGACGGAUGUAACUACCAAAACAGAAACAAAACUUUAGCCAGUGCGUUGAGUGAUUUUGCAAAAGCGAAAGAUAUAACCAUUCAACAACUUUACUUAGAAAAGGGUCAUACAAUGAUGGAAGCAGAUUCCGUUCACUCCACCCUGGAACACUAUUUUCACCCGCCAAUAAACUCACCUACUGAUUAUAUAGCGAGAAUGCGUAUGGCUCGUCACAAACAACCAUAUUGCAUUAAAUCAUUAGACUACAAGUUUUUCAAACAAUGCGAACUUGCAAGUAACUUUCGUUCAAUUAGACCAGGCACAAAAACCGGUGAUCCUGUGGUCGUUGAUAUAAGACAAUUAAAAUAUUCACCUAGUGGAGAGGUGUGGUUUACGUUGGACUACUCUGAAGAGUGGCAAAUAUUGCCACAUAAACGUGACUGUCAGGGCAUGUCAGUUUACAAAGCACCCCUGUUCAAGAAACAACCUGCAAUAUCUUAUGAAAAGUAUCAACAUCUGCAAGAAAUGAAGACAGUAAUUGAGGUCGACCAUCACUCAUUUUAUGACCACGAGAAGAAGAAAAAUAAAAAAUAA